AUGCCUUCCGCAGACUUAAUCGAUUAUUCUCCCCACCAGCCCGAGCCAGCUCCCCCGCUUCCCUCUGCUUCAAAUGUGAUUCUGAUCGAUAACUUCGACUCAUUCUCCUGGAAUGUUUACCAAUACCUCGUUCUUGAAGGUGCAACAGUAACCGUCUACCGAAACGAUGAACUUAGCGUCGAGGAUCUUAUUGCCCUCAACCCUACUCAAUUGGUGAUAAGUCCAGGUCCAGGUCAUCCAAAAACAGACUCUGGGGUUAGUAGAGAUGCUAUUAAAUACUUCGCAGGCAAGAUACCUGUGUUUGGAGUCUGCAUGGGACAACAGUGCAUAUUGGACGUAUAUGGAGGAGAGGUUAUAUUUGCGGGAGAAAUCUUGCACGGCAAAACGUCGCCACUGCGACACGACUCGAAAGGAUUAUAUGCAAGUCUACCGCAAGACUUACCGGUUACACGAUAUCAUUCCCUUGCUGGCACACAUCCAACUAUGCCCGAAUGUCUGGAGGUAUCAUCCUGGAUCGAGGCCGACGUUGGUGGAGGAAAAGGUGUAAUAAUGGGCAUUAGACAUAAAGAAUACGUCUUAGAAGCUGUACAAUUCCACCCUGAGAGUAUCUUGACUGCUGAAGGCCGAGUCAUGCUCAGGAACUUCUUGAAGAUGCGGGGUGGCACCUGGGUAGAGAAUGAACGUUUACAAAAAGAGGAUGCGGAGAGUGUGGUGCCAGUCUCCAAGUCGGUUUCUACUAGUACCAAGAAAGAGAAUAUAUUGGAUAAAAUUUUCGCGCAUCGCAAGGCCGCAGUUUCUGCACAAAAAGAAGUUUCAUCCCAACGACCCUCAGAUCUCCAAGCCGCUUAUGAGCUCGACAUCGCUCCUCCUCUUGUUCCCUUUGUUCAACGUCUCCGCAAAUCACCAUUUCCGUUGUCACUCAUGGCCGAAAUCAAACGAGCAUCUCCCUCAAAGGGUGUCAUCUCUUUAUCUGCAUGUGCUCCAGCUCAAGCUAGAACCUAUGCUCUAGCUGGUGCAAGUGUGAUUUCCGUUUUGACAGAGCCCGAGUGGUUCAAGGGAAGCAUUGACGAUUUGCGAGCUGUACGACAGGCUCUUGAAGGCAUGCCAAAUCGGCCUGCUGUUUUACGGAAAGAAUUCAUCUUCGAAGAGUACCAAAUAUUAGAAGCUAGAUUAGCUGGUGCCGAUACCGUUUUACUUAUCGUCAAGAUGCUAGAUGAAGAAACUUUGACACGCUUGUAUCAUUAUUCCGUCUCGCUUGGAAUGGAGCCGUUAGUGGAAGUAAAUACACCAGAAGAAAUGACCAUAGCUGUCAACCUUGGUGCAAAAGUCAUUGGUGUGAACAACCGGAAUUUGACAAGUUUUGAAGUAGAUCUUGAUACUACAAGUCGUCUCCUCAACCAAGUUCCGAAAGAAACUAUCGUAUGCGCUCUUAGUGGUAUUUCCGGUCCCAAAGAUGUAGAAGCAUACCAGAAGAAUGGUGUAGGUGCAGUUCUUGUGGGCGAGGCGCUCAUGCGAGCCAAAGAUACAGCUCUUUUCAUUCGGGAACUACUUGGAGGUUCAAGUAUCCUCAACAAAUCUGCAAGUGGUAGCUUACUUGUGAAGAUUUGUGGAACAAGAAAUCCUGAGACUGCAACAGAAGCUAUAAAAGCUGGUGCGGAUUUGAUCGGGAUGAUUCUUGUCCCUGGUAGAGGUCGACAUGUUCCGUACAAAGAUGCAAUUGCUAUUUCUAGGGCUGUUCAUCAAGCACAGCAGACGACUGGGACGGUCGUUGGUGACCGAGUGAGUAACCAAGCAUCGGAUUUCUUCGCUAAUGCAGCAUCGAAUGUUUCGAGUCAUCGGCCUUUGUUAGUCGGCGUUUUCCAAAACCAACCUCUAGAAGAGGUUUUGGAGCUGCAGAAGGCAUAUGAUUUAGAUAUAGUGCAGCUGCACGGUGAGGAACCAUUGGAAUGGGCAAAUUUAAUACCAGUUCCUGUCAUCCGAAGCUUCAAACCUGGUCAGGCUGGUCUCGGAAGAAGAGGUUACCAUACCAUUCCUCUGCUAGACUCGGCAUCAGGGGGCUCUGGACAAAAAUUGGACGUGACAGAGGUACAGGCUACGUUGACAAAAGAUCAAGGUCUCAGAGUCAUUCUUGCUGGCGGAUUGAAUCACGAAAACGUGGCAGAAGCUGUGCGAUCAGUGGGUGAUGUAGGUGAUCGGAUCAUCGGUGUCGACGUUAGUAGCGGCGUAGAGGAAAAUGGCGCUCAGAGUAUUGAGAGGAUCAAAGCUUUCAUUAAGGAAGCAAAGAGCGUUAGAUAG